GUUGUUGUAUGUAUCGCGAGAGUUAUUGAUGCGCGUGUUUGUGGAAUUUGCGCGAGGCCGACGUGUCGAAGGCGGUGCUUUUCCAUGACUCGGACGAGUAUCCCAGGCGGGCUUUCUUUAACAUUUUUGAAACGUUAAGUUCUAUUUACAUAAUAGUAACGAUUGUAUUUUAAAAAGCACUGAAAUAGAUUCUCAAAUAUUACAUUCAGUAAAAAACGAGGGUCUGCGCCCCCUCAAGCAAAGAGGCCAUCAUGAAGCUGACGGACAAUGUGCUGCGGAGCUUCAGGGUUGCAAAGGUUUUCCGGGAAAAUUCAGACAAAAUCAAUUGUUUUGAUUUCAGCUCAAACGGCGAAACCAUCAUUUCUAGCAGCGACGACGACUCCCUAGUUUUAUACGACUGCCAGGAGGGAAAACCCAAGCGGACCCUCUAUAGUAAGAAGUAUGGAGUGGAUCUGAUUAGAUACACACAUGCAGCCAACACUGUGGUCUACAGCUCCAACAAAAUUGAUGACACUAUUCGGUACCUCUCCCUCCAUGACAACAAGUACAUCCGGUACUUUCCUGGACACAACAAAAGAGUGACGUCUCUCUCCAUGUCCCCUGUGGAUGACACGUUUAUCUCAGGAUCUUUAGACAAGACAAUCCGGCUAUGGGAUCUGCGGUCUCCAAACUGCCAGGGCCUGAUGCACCUACAGGGGAAGCCAGUUUGCUCAUUUGAUCCGGAGGGUCUGAUCUUUGCUGCUGGCGUGAACUCGGAGAUGGUCAAACUGUACGACCUGCGGUCCUUUGACAAGGGUCCUUUUGCUACCUUCAAGCUACAGUACGACCGUACGUGUGAGUGGACAGGACUCAAGUUCAGCAACGAUGGGAAGCUCAUCCUUGUCUCAACCAAUGGGGGUGCUCUCCGCCUCCUCGACGCCUUCAAGGGAGCUGUGAUGCAUUCGUUUGGGGGCUACAACAACAGCAAAGCUGUGACGCUGGAGGCCUCCUUCACUCCUGAUUCUCAGUUCAUUAUGAUUGGCUCUGAGGAUGGGAAGGUCCAUGUUUGGAAUGCAGAGAGUGGGAUGAAGGUGGCUGUUCUGGAUGGGAAGCACACGGGUCCCGUCACCUGCCUUCAGUUCAACCCCAAAUUUAUGACUUUUGCUAGUGCUUGUUCAAACAUGGCAUUCUGGCUGCCCACCAUUGACGAUUGAUUGAGAGAGAAACGCUCUGAGUGGGUCACUGAUGGAGGCCACAGGCGAAGUGAGAUCCCAUUUAAAACCAGCAGGUGUCAGCACAUCCAGCUCUAGGACAAUAUUUCUAUGGCGUGUGUGGUAAAUCAAGUUGAUUGUAAAUAUGUAGGACUUCAGGUAUAUAAAUGGUCUGAUUUUCUGUUCUUUUAUACGUGUAACAUUAAAUAUGUUUUCAUUUUCUAA